UCAUUCAUAAACAGACCUGUCAGAGACAGUCGUUUGUACACACAGUUCGGGUGAGUCGAGUGGAGAGGUAUUUGUUCUGAUAAGCGUGCGGCCGCAGUAAUACUAGAUAUUCUUUUGAUACAGCGAAGGAAUCCAGUCUGCCGGUGAAACAAGUGCAGAACAAACUCAUCCGGUCACACCAUUCAAUACUCUAAUUAUUAGUUGAAAAGAUAUUAAGCGUGAUAUUAAAUCAUGAGUGGACCACUGGCAGGACGACUCGCAUUGGUAACAGGAGCUGGAUCUGGAAUAGGUCGUGUUACAUCCAAGCUUCUCUCUCGUGAUGGGGCAGUUGUGGUGGCAGUUGAUCGCAAUCUGAAGGCAGCAGAGGAAACUAUUCAAACAUUGAACAGUGAGAAUGAUAACGUUGCCUUCGAGAUGGAUGUUGCUUCCAGUGAUAGCAUUUCCCAGGUACUCAAGGCAACCAUUGAAAAAUAUAAGCGCCCACCGAUGAUUGUUGUCAAUUCAGCGGGUAUUACAAGAGAUAACUUCCUAUUGAAAAUGCCUGAAGCUGACUUCGAUGCUGUGAUAAACGUAAAUCUGAAGGGCACAUGGCUGGUUCUACAAAACUUCGGCCGAGCUAUGAUCGAUCACCAAGUAAACGGUUCGAUGGUUAAUGUAUCAUCAAUCGUUGCCCGCAGCGGCAACAUGGGCCAGUCAAACUAUUCGCCCAGUAAGGCAGGCGUCGAAGCUAUGACCAAAGUCGUGGCACGCGAAUUCGGACGGAACAACAUUCGAGUGAACGCCGUCGUGCCUGGUUUCAUCGAAACUCCAAUGACUGCAACAUUGCCGCAGAAGGUGAAAGAUAUUGUUAUCAUGCAAUGCGCUUUGCGACGUUUCGGCAAACCGGAAGAAAUCGCAGAAGUGAUAGCCUUUUUAGCAUCAGAUAAGAGCAGUUACAUCAACGGUACUUCAGUGGAAGUUACUGGAGGAUAACCUCGUUUAUUGAAUACUCUACGCAUGAACUCAGGACAAUGAAACAGGACGAAUUUGUUAUUGCAUUUAACGAAAAAGUUACGCAAAUCGCCAACUACACCUUGGAAAUUUCACAUUAUAUUGAAUAAACGCAAUUUUUAAAGUGCUUUAAGGCAUAUAACAAUCAA